AUGGCUAGUGGGAGGUUUUGUAAGGAUGAAGAAGAUAAGGCUAUGUUGGAAUCUGUAUUGGGUACUGAUGCUGUUGGAUUUUUUAGCACAGCUGUUUCUAAACAUGUUUUUUCUGAUGUUAUUGUUCCGCCUAAUCUGGAUACUGGUAUUCAUAAAAGGUUGUGUCAUAUUGUUAAGGGUUCUAGGUGGAAUUACGCGAUUUUGUGGCAGGUUGCGGGUUUGAAAUCUGGUGGGUAUGUGUUAAAAUAUGGGGAGGGACAUUGUCAGGAUCCUGUUGGGGGUCCGAGGAAUGAACAGGAAAGGGAGAGAGAUGAAGUUAGGAGGAGGGUGUUGGGGAGAAUUCAUGCUUCCUGGGGUGGAUCUAACUCGAUUGAGAAUGUUUAUAAGAAAUUGGAUGAUGUUUCGGAUUUGUAUAUGCUUUACUUGACCUCUGUUUAUUAUGUGUUUGGUUUUAAUUCUCAGUAUGGUCCUGGCAGUUCUUUUAAGUGUAGUAAACCGACGUGGGCUUCUGAUGCUGGUAGUUGUUUGAAGCAGUAUGAAUCGAGGUCGUUUUUGGCUAAAUUGGCUGGUUUUCAAACUGUUGCUUUUGUGCCUCUCAAGGCGGGGGUUGUUGAGCUUGGUUCGAUGGAGAUGGUACCUGAAGAGCAGGGUUUUUUGGAUAUGGUCCGGGCAACGUUUGGAGAAUCUACUUCUGGACAGGCUAAGGCGGCACCGAAGAUUUUUGGGCGUGAGUUAAGCUUAGGGGGAGAUGCGAAAUCUCAGUCCAUUACUAUUAGUUUCUCCCCGAAGGUGGAAGAUGAUUCUGGCUUCACUUCCGACUCUUUCGAAGUACAAGCGCUUGGGCCAAAUCAUGCUUAUGGUAAUUCUUCAAAUGGUGGUGUAGGAGACAUUAAUGAGGCGAAAAUGUUCCCUCAGUUAGGUCAAAUGGCUCCUGGGAAUUUCACUUCUCAAGCAAGAGUUUCUUCUAUAGAUUUGGUUAACGAAGAGUCAUCUUCACCUCUUGGAGACGAGAGGAAGCCUAGAAAAAGAGGGAGAAAGCCUGCCAAUGGACGAGAGGAACCGCUGAAUCAUGUUGAAGCGGAGAGGCAAAGACGGGAGAAGCUUAACCAGAGAUUCUAUGCCUUAAGAGCUGUUGUUCCUAACAUUUCUAAAAUGGACAAGGCUUCUCUACUUGGUGAUGCUAUCACCCAUAUCACUGAUCUCCAGAAGAAGAUCAAGCUUUUGGAAACUGAGAAAAACAUGGCUAAAGGCUCACAGUUGCCAUUGCAAGAUAUCGAUUUUCAGGCUAGACAGGAUGAUGCCGUUGUGAGAGUGAGUUGCCCCUUGGAUAUUCACCCGGUUUCUGGUAUCGUUAAAGUGUUGAGAGAACAUCAAAUUAUAGCUCAAGAGGCAAAUGUUUCAACUGCACAGGAUAAGGUAAUUCAUACUUUCUCCAUAAGAACUCAAGGAGGGGAAGCAGCUGCUCUACAGUUGAAAGAAAAGCUUGAAGCAUCUUUAUCCAAAAAUUAG